AUAAGAUUAUAGUGAAAAAGAGAUUUUUGUUUUGCGUGUUAUUAUGAUGCAUAUUCGAUACUGUGGUGACAAUAAAAAAUGUAAUCUACCAAUUAUAAGGAAAAUGAAAAAUCCAAAUAAAUUGCUAUGAGUUUUAAAAUUAAGAAAACUUCGCUAAAAUAUUGGAAACGAGUGUCGAAAAAGAAACCGAGAAAAUAUAAAAAACAGUCGUAGUUGUAACCUUUGUUGUAACUGCUUAUAAGGUGGUGUAGUUUAGUUUAGCUCUUGUGUAUGUGUGUGUAUUGAAGUGUCGUCUCCGGAAUUCCAUUUUAGCUGGCUAAGUGCAGUUAGCCAGCCAGCCAGCCAGUCUCGUCCCACUUGAAAAAAUUCCACCACCAGCACCACCCAUUAUAAUAAGAUUGUAAUGGGUGCAAAAGAGUCAAAACAAACCUGCAUUAAUUAUGAAGAUGCAGUAAAACGAGUUUCGGAAUCCGAAUUAAGACGCCUUAAGGAAGCCUUCAAAAAAUCAGCUGGCGUUGGACGUUUCUAUCUUAGUCGUAAUGCAUUCCAACAAGAUGUUCUCUUUGAAGGUGUACCCACAAAUGUUACAGAUCUGCUGUACACUGCCUGUGGUGGUACAUCUAAGGGCAUAUCUUUCAAGGAUCUUUUAUGUGGUUUAGUUCUAAUAACUAAAGGAACAGAGGAAGAGAAAACCAAAUUUCUAUGGAAUUUGUAUUGUAACGAUAGCGGUACUUAUAUAUUAAAAUCGGAAUUUACAAAAACUGUUAGCAUACUACCUUGCGAAACUGUUUCGCUUUUUGCUCAAACAGACCGCAUCAAUUUCGAACAAUUUCAAAAUUGGAUAUUGAAAAAUCGCACCUCAACGGUAUUGUCCAAAUGGCUGUUGUCAGAUAAUUGUAUUAGUUUGACUUCGGAAUUGGAAACGCCAACAUUUUAUCAAAUUUUAUCGGGCGUAACUCAUUUGGAGGAAAAGGAUAUUGUUGAUUUGGAAAAGGAAUUUUGGCGCUUGCAAAAUACUUCCCCCAAUGGUCAAUUAGAUUUACAGUUACUUGGACCACUUUUGAGCCCUCCAAUUCCCAAGAAUGCCUUACAAGGAUUAUUCAAUGCCUUCGACGAGAAUCGUGAUGGCCAUAUUGACUUUAAGGAAUUAUGCUGUGGGGUCAGUGCCGCUUGUCGUGGUCCCAGCGUGGAGAGAACAAGAUUUUGUUUUAAGAUAUUCGAUGUCGAUAGCGAUGGUGUCUUAAAUCACACGGAGACUUUGCAAAUGUUAAAUGUUCUGCUUUAUGUGGCCAAAGAAAAUCGAAAUGCUAAUCACUACAAGGAUUUGACAAAACAGGAAGCUUUAAAGGAUCUGGCUAAUUUUACCACCAAAAAGAGCAGUUCUCAGUUGAAGGAUGACUCACAAUUGACGGACAUGGAUAUAACCUUGACAGCCGAAGACUUCAUGAUGUGGAAUGUGGAUAGCAAUUUGAAAUUGUUGCAGCCUUUUCUGGAUUUAAUAUUUGAAGUUUGCCAUGUAGUUUUUGGUUUAUGGCCACAAUGUAGACAUAUGGAGCAUGAUAUAGUUCGUGGUUGGCUGGACCGUGAAGAGAAACGUAAAUACAGCGUUGGUCAAUUUUGGUAUUUAAUAUCACGUGACUGGUGGAUAACUUGGCUGCAAUACGUUAGCAAUACCUCGCCCUCCUGUGACUAUUGCAAAAAUUCCACCAUUGGCACAUAUCAGCGAACAUCGCUCUCUGGCAUUGAUGAGGCUGUGGUUUGUGAUGAAAGUUUCAUUGGCAAUUCUUUGGAUUCAGCUGCAAUGGCUUGUGAUUUAGCUAGCGCCGCAGAUAACUGUAGUUUGGGUUCUACCAGCAGUGGCAUUUCUUCCUGUCGUCAAUUAGGCUCACGUCCUGGACCCAUUGAUAAUACCAAUCUUGUAACUCCAAAUCCUUGUAAAAAUGUGCGUACUCUUACGGGUGAAGGGGGACAUUUGAAAAGAGAUACACCUUUAGUGCAGAAUCAUAAUUUCGAAUUGGUACCCAAAUCAUUGUGGAAAGCUUUGAAUCGGUGGUAUGGUGACAAUUUACCUUUGCCAAGACAAGUUAUACAACCACCAAACUCAACGGAAGUAGAGUUGGAGUUAUAUCCCCUGAGUUUACGCAUUCUAUUACAUCAGAUUGUGACGCAACAGCAGCAGAUGACCAAUACUUGGGGUGCUAUGACAAGUAGUUAUGGUGUUUUAGCCUCUGGAGGGGGAUUUGCUUCAAUUUCAUCUUCCAGCGUUUUGCAGCCGCCAAAACGAUAUCUGGCCUAUACGGCAGCCUUUAGCCGUUUGGCCACAGUCCAAAAAGUUGGAGCAUUCCUGUGCGAACAAUUGCGUUUGCGUACCGAGGAUAUUCGGCUUUGGCAUAUAACAUCGGGCUCCAUAGAUAAUAGUGCCAUACUUUUGGAGGAAGACAGCAUGACCCUUAAAGAAUUGAUGAUCAAAGACAAUGAUCAAAUCCUAUUGGAAAUACGCAAUAAAGAUCAAACCUGGCCUGAGGAAUUGGGCUCCUUAACUCUAUCCCAAUCGGGAGGGGCCUCUGUAAAUGAUCGACGUCUUACCCGUAGCUCUAUUAUGUCUAUACAAGCACCUGGGGCCACAGGUCUGCAUAAUUUGGGUAAUACUUGUUUCAUGAAUGCCUCGCUGCAGGUUUUGUUUAAUACUCAGCCCUUGGCUCAAUAUUUUCGUCAAAAUAUGCAUAUGUUUGAGCUCAAUACAACAAAUAAAUUGGGUACGCGUGGUCAAUUAGCUACACGCUAUGGCGAAUUGUUGCGAGAAGUAUGGAGCGCCACCACCAGAUCAGUGGCUCCUUUAAAAUUAAGAUUUUGUGUUACCAAAUAUGCACCUCAGUUUGCGGGUGGAGGACAGCAUGAUUCGCAAGAGCUUUUGGAGUGGCUGCUAGACGCUUUGCAUGAAGAUCUAAAUCGUGUUAUGGAAAAGCCUUACAGUGAGCUGAAAGACUCCAAUGGCAGACCCGAUAAAAUUGUAGCCGCUGAAGCUUGGGCCCAACAUCAUGCGCGCAAUCAGUCAAUUAUUAUUGAUUUGUUUUAUGGUCAACUAAAAUCAAAGGUCAGCUGUAUGUGUUGUGGAAGGGAGUCGGUGCGUUUUGAUCCAUUUAGUUUGUUGAGUUUGCCUUUGCCCGUGGAGAACUAUAUUUACUUUGAAGUUUUGGUCAUUCUAUUGGAUGGUGCCGUCCCCAUUAAAUAUGGUUUGCGUUUGAAUUCCGAAUCAAAAUAUUUUGAUUUAAAACGUAAACUAGCCUCAUUGUCGUAUUUAAAUCCCAAUUUUAUGCUGAUAUGUGAAAUUUGGAAUUCACAAAUUCGCCACAUAUUCCCGGAUGAAGAGAAGAUAAGACCCUCAUCCGCCAAGGAACUGUAUUGUUAUCAAUUGCCCGAAGAAUGUCAAGAUCGUUCAAGGUCCAGUUCAACUUUGGCCAUUAAUAUUGAGAAAGGUCUGAAGGACAUUCAAAGGAGCUCAGCCAUGCUAACGACUUAUGAUUCCCACUCGUCUUUAAAUGCUUUAAACAAUACCACUAACACCACCACCUCUGCUAACACCACCGCAAAUAAUGCAAUAAAUACGUCGACCAUGAACGGUGGUGAUAGAAUAGCCUAUGCCGAGCAUUCAUUUGAAACACUUCCUCAAUCGACGGCCAUAAAUGUGGUGUCUGUCUCAAAAUGCUCCUCGUCAAAUGCUAUGGCUAAUGCUACGGUACGCUAUCAAAACAGUUUUGAUAAUGUUGCCUGCAACAUGACCAUUGUCGGCGGCGGAGGUGGUGAUAGUUGUGGUCGCACUCAUGAUGAGGACGAUGAGACCGAGGACGAUGACUUACAUGUCUCAACGAAGGUAAGGCGGUGCUUUGGAAACAAUAUGUGCAUGCCCCAGACUUUAUUAUGCUUCAAGCAUACAUCUACCAUAAGUCGUAGUCCCGAGAAUACCUUUGUUAAUGGCUCUACAUUGCAAAAACAUAUAUCGACCUCUAAGCUGCUACAUGCCACUGAACCCAAUGCAUGCUUCUCACAUUCCGGUGAAAAUUCCAUGGAAAAUUCCAUUAUAAACACCAAUACCAAUUCCGAACCCUUGUCGAUGUGUGAAGGUCUGCGACGGCUUAGUGAUUGUCCUUGUCGCCUGAAUGCCUCUGCCGAUGAGGCUAAUGUCCAGCGUUUAAUGGAAUCGGAAAUAAAUCGUCAAAAUUUUAUGCAACAAGAGCUAAAUGAUUCUUUUAAUACCUCGCCAGCCGGUUUAGUGCCUACAAAUAGUCUUGAUGCGUCAGCCGGAGGAGGCGUAACGUGCGGUGGCAGUAGUAUUUUCUCCCGUGUUCCGUCACAACACUACAAAGUUGGAAAGUAUCUGAUGGCCCUGCAUCGAAAAAUUACACGCCAGGAUAGCUAUUUUUUGUCGCAUCAUAAAACAAGACCCAGUAUAUUUGGAGUGCCUUUGCUAAUACCCAAUUUGGAGGGAGGUACCAAUAAGGAUUUAUAUUGUGCAGUAUGGUUACAAGUUAGUCGCUUGCUAACACCACUGCCAGCAUCUACGGAGCAAGCAAAUCAUGCAGCAGACUGUGACGAUAGUUUGGGAUACGAUUUCCCUUUUUCGUUAAGAGCAGUAAAAAAUGAUGGUUUAACAUGCGCCUUAUGUCCGUGGUCAAAUUUCUGUCGCGGCUGUGAAAUACCCUGUAACAAUGAAUAUGUAUUCCAAAGUUCUUUAUUUACGAAUAAUUUUGAUACAAGUAAUACUUCUACCCCCAAAAUGUUGCCAAAAUUUCCACCAACGGGUUCUAUGACAAAUUUAGAAACUCGAAAACCUUUGAACUCCACCUCAUCAGAUAGAGAUUCAUUGCAGUCGCAACAAUCGACAAUACUGAGCAGAAACUAUGAUAAUAAAUUUAUAAUUGCCAUAGAUUGGGAUCCAACAGCAUUGCAUUUACGAUACCAGAGUACUUUGGAAAGGCUAUGGGUGGAUCAUGAAACAGUGGCCAUCUGUCGCAAAGAACAAAUUGAACCAGUUGAUUUGAAUCAUUGCCUACGAGCCUUUACGUCCGAAGAGAAGCUAGAACAAUGGUACCAUUGCAGUCAUUGUAAAGGCAAAAAGCCAGCCACCAAAAAACUACAAAUAUGGAAAUUGCCUCCUAUUUUGAUUAUUCACUUGAAAAGAUUCAAUUGUGUCAACAACAAAUGGGUAAAAUCACAAAAAGUUGUUAAUUUCCCCUUUGCCAAUUUCGAUCCCACACCUUAUCUGGCGGCCGUACCACAAGAGACCAUUUUGAGGCAUAAGGAGUUACUUGAACUGAACGAAAUAUCCAAUGGUAUUACUGAGGUAGAGCCAAGUGCUAAAUUAAAUGAUAUUAAGAGAGACAAACAGCAAAAGCAGAAGCAUGCCACCCUAGCAACCAACGCCACCACAACGCCCUUGCCCAAUAAUGGCAAUAAUGCUAAUAAAAACCUAAACGGUCUAACCAAAGAGGCUCAAAUGUCCUUAAAUGAAACAGUCAAUAAUUUAAUGAACUUACAAAAGAACCUUCCCGCAAAUCCCAAUAAAAAUAUCUUAGAUAAUUGUAGCAACAUUAUUGACAACUGCAAUAAUGAAAAUACCAUCUCCUCUAUGCGGCGUGUCAAUGAAAAUGGUGGUGUUGUGAACGGUGAUAUCAAUGAAGCUGCUGAUGCCCAGGCAAGCGAUGGUGAAAAUGAGGAAUAUUCAGAUAAAGUUCUGGAUAAUGCUGUUCUUCGCAAAAGUGGCGACGAUCGUACUAUGACCAGACGGAAACGUUUGAUUUCAACAAGUUUAACAAAGACUCCCAUUGUGGAUGGAGCAUUUGAUGAUUUUCAUCAACACAAGCUGAAAAAUGGUGAUGACCCAUUCGAUCCAAAAUAUAAUCUUUAUGCUGUUGUGUCCCACUCCGGCAUGUUGAAUGGCGGACAUUAUGUCUCUUAUGCUGCCAAUCAAAAUGGAUCCUGGUACUGCUACAAUGAUAGCUCGUGCCGUGAAAUAUCCAAUCCACCCAGCAUCGAUCCUAGUUCUGCAUAUUUACUUUUCUACGAACGCAAAGGCCUGAAUUAUGAACCCUAUUUGCCAAAUAUAGAUGGCAAAAGUUUACCAAAUGGUGGUUUGGGUAUUGUCGAACCAGAUGAAGCGGAAAAUGAUCUAAAGAAAAUGUGUACAUUAUCCUAAUCCACCGAGGAGUUGAAGGCCGCAACUACAGAUGACAAUUGGUGGAAUGAAGAAUGCUUAAGAAUGAAGUCCAUACAAUACAAACCCGUUGGAAAUGGAGAUAAGAAGAGAAAUAUAAACAAAUAACUGAUACCACUAUACGCAGAGCGUUUAACAAUUAUUGUGAUUAUUAUAUAAUUUCUAUAUAGGUAUACGUUUUAUUGUUUGUUUUGUAUGUUUAUUUGGCUUUUUUGUAUGCAAUAGUUUGCUAAAACUGUGCAGUCUGGCGAGAACGGCGAUUUAUGCUGUUGAUGAUUAUGGUUUUUUUCAUGAUUUAUGUUUAUACAAAUUCAAUUUUAUGUCACGCUAUAUAAAACUUAAAAUACAUAUAUGUUAAAAAUAAUAAUAAAUUAUAAUAGUCGAA